GGUGAUGGGACGCGCCCUAGCUGGCUGGAGUCUGGUGCUCCGGUUCCGAAUCUGAGGGGGCGGGGCGGUGGCACCUUGGCCCGGAGUGAGAGAGGGACGGUGGCCCACCGCGAUCGCAGGGUAGAAAGCCAUGGAUGCUGAUCCAGAUUGUUCUGUUGCACAUCAAGUCUCUGACAAUGACUCUGAUACAGAGACCAAAACUGAUCCAGAUGCCCAGGCUCAAGAGUACUUUGCACGUGUUCUUGGUCCUUCAAGCCAGUCUGCUCAGGCAUCGCAGUGUCUGCCCCCAGAGUCUCUCUCAGUAGGUGGGCUGGCCCAAGUGUCUGAGUGCAGGUCACCUCUCCUAGACCUAAAAAAGUCUCCAGUUAGUGAUGACACAGUUUCGGGACUGUUGUCUCUUCCUCUAGAGCUGAUCUUGGAGAUCUGUUCCUACUUGCAGGCCAGGUUUGUCUUGAGUGUCCUUCCUUUGGUCUGUCAGACACUAAGGGACAUUGUGCAGGAUAAAGUUACUUGGAGAAUUCGCCUGCAGAAGAGGAUUGGCAGCUGCUAUCCAGUUGUGGAAGAUGAUGACUUUAACUGGCCAGCUGCUUGCAUUGAACUAGAGGAACAUCUCCAGCAAUGGGCAGAGGAUGGCAAGAAUACAGAGUACUUUUCGCUAGCUGAUGGGCACUUUGCUUCAGUUGACUCUGUCCUCCUCCUUCAGGGAUGGGUCUGGUCGCUGGCUACGAGAGACAACCGGGUGUGCUCAGGCUCCUGGGACAGUACAGUGAAGCUUUGGGACAUAGCUGCUGAUGGGCAGCAGUUCGGAGAAAUCAGAGGGAAAGCAGCUGUGUUGUGCCUUUCUUACCUGCCUGACAUCCUUGUCACAGGAACCUAUGACAAGAAGGUGACAGUAUAUGACCCACGAGCUUCUCAACCCCUCGUAAAGAGCCGCAAGCUCCAUUCCAGUGCAGUCCUGUCCCUUGCAGCUGACGAGCGCUUCAUCAUCUCUGGCAGUGAGGAUCGGACAGUAGUGUUUUUUGACAGACGGGCCAACAGUGUCCUCCAGAGGCUGCAGCUGGACUCCUAUCUCCUCAGCAUGUCAUACCAGGGUUGUCAGCUGUGGGCUGGAGACAACUAUGGACUGCUGUAUGUGUUUCAAAACCGAGGGGACAGCUUUCAGCACGUAAGGCACUUUGAUGUUGGCCAUCGUUCUCAGAUCACUGGAGUCCAAUACUCACUGGGCGCUCUGUACACAGCUUCCACGGACAAGACACUGCGUAUCCAUAUUCCCACAGAUCCACCAAAGGCUAUCUGUUCACGGACGCACAGUUGCAUGCUAAGUGGGGUCAGCGUUGCAGGGAACAUAGCUGUUGCUGCCUCAGGUGGUCUAUCUUUGGAGGUCUGGAGACUCCCUGUGUGAUGAAGAGUCAGUUACUGAUCCAUGCCUCCAACUACAAGGGUGCUAAGUUCUGUGUCUCGGACAACCUCCUGUCAGGGACUAGCGUCCCGGUGCCUGUGGAGAUUUUGGUUCUUUUUGUAUGCUCUGUGUAUCUGUGAGGUUCAGCCUGAGCUUGUCCCAGGGGCUUACACAGAUUAGUGCAUCAGUGCACAUCCAAGCCCCCUGCUGCCAGCUACUGUGUCUCCCUAGCAUGGUGCUCACUUGGUACACUCUGCCUCUCCUGGGUGGACACUCACUGCUAAGUUGGCUGCACAUUCCAGAGGAGAGCUGCCAGUUGAGUCACGUGGUGGGUGAGGCAAACUGCAGCCGAAUAGCUGCAACAUUCCAGGCACAGCUCUAGUCCUGGGACCAUCAGCUUGAACAAGAGGAGGUGGAGGGGCGGCAUAGAGGCUGGAGUGUGCAAUCAGGCAAAAAUGACCCUGUAGCCACCAAA